AUGGGUAGAAUGCACAGCAAGGGCAAGGGCAUCAGCUCCUCUGCUAUCCCCUACUCGCGCACCGCCCCCUCGGGGCUCAAGACCAACCCCGACCAGGUCGUCGACCAGAUCUGCAAGCUGGCCAAGAAGGGUGCCACCCCCUCGCGAAUUGGGGAAAACAAGGACCUUCCGCAUCCUGAAGUCCAACGGUACGACCCCACUAGCAGUGUGAAGCGGUCGGGUGCGAUGAACGUCCAGCAAUGGACGCCUCGCCCCGAUCUUCCUGAGGAUCUUUACAUGCUCAUCAAGAAGGCUGUCGCCGUCCGCAAGCACCUCGAGCGCAACCGCAAGACAAGGACUCCAAGUUCCGCCUCAUUCUCAUCGAGUCGCGUGUCCACCGUCUUGCCCGCUACUACAAGACCGUCGGUGUCCUGCCCCCCACCUGGAGGUACGAGAGCGCCACUGCCAGCACCAUCGUCGCUUAAGCGAUGA